AUGGCCAACUCCAUCAGCGGCUCUUCUGCCGACAAGUUUGAGCUGGAUCCGCUAUGGCAGAAUCUUGAUUGGGCGAUAGGGCAGAUGCUGCUCAUGGGCUGGGAUGGCACCCAAGUUACGCCCCAAAUCAGAAGCCUCAUUGAGGACCACCAUCUCGGCUCCAUCAUUCUGACGGCCAAGAACCUGAAAUCGGCGCAUCACACUGCAAUGCUCGUUCAAGAGCUUCAGAUGAUUGCCAAGAACUCCGGUCACCCACAGCCGCUCCUCAUUGCCGUAGAUCAAGAAAAUGGCGGCGUCAACAGUCUGUUCGACGAGGAUUAUGUCUGCCAGUUCCCCAGCGCCAUGGCCAUUGCGGCCACUGGCAGCCUUGAGUUGUCGUAUGAAGUCAACAAGGCAACCGCCACCGAAAUCGCAGCUUGUGGUGUCAACCUCAUGCUGGGUCCGGUCUUGGACGUUCUUAACAAUGCGCGCUAUCAAGUUAUUGGAGUGCGAGCCUCUGGCGAUGACCCCCAAGAAGUAUCUCAGUAUGGACUGGCAGCUUUGAGUGGAAUUCGUGACGCUGGCGUGGCCUCUUGUGGAAAACACUUCCCAUCCUAUGGAAACCUCGACUUUCUUGGCUCCAAUCUUGACGUACCCAUCAUUACUCAGACGCUAGAAGAGCUGAGCCUCAGCGCUUUGGUGCCCUUUCGAAACGCCAUCUCCUCUGGGAAGCUCGACGGCAUGUUCAUUGGCGGAUGUGGCAUCUCUAACCCCUCCAUGAAUGUCAGCCAUGCCUGUCUGUCUGAUCAGGUUGUCGACGACCUUCUCCGAAACGAACUCGGAUUUAAAGGCGUUGCCAUCUCAGAGUGCCUUGAGAUGGAGGCACUAAGCCAAGAUCUUGGAGUUCAGAACGGUGUUGUCAUGGCUGUGGAGGCAGGAUGCGAUAUCGUGCUGCUCUGCCGAGCCUACGACGUUCAGUUGGAAGCUAUCAAAGGUCUCAAGCUGGGCUACGAGAACGGCAUCAUUACAAAGGAGAGGAUAUUUACCUCCCUGAGAAGAAUUUUUCAUCUAAAGUCGACCUGCACUUCCUGGGCAAAAGCACUAAACCCUCCCGGCAUAAAUCUACUUUCACAGAUUCGCCCUUCUCAUCUUGCCUUAUCUCGGCGAGCUUAUGAUGAUUCCAUCACUAUUCCACUGCCGGCCUCCUCUUUGACUAAGAGCUUGCUCGAGUCAAAGAAUGAUGCCUCUAUGAUCCACACUAUGCACGAUAGAUGGAGUCAUCAAAUUCGAGAAAGAAGCGCCAUCAUGAGCGGCGAAGGAGUUUUCCGAGAAUUUGGCAAAACGCUUGCAAGGUAUCGUAAUGAGAAGCUUCUACACACAAGCUACACAGCCAACGGAGUCAGGCCAGUUCAUGAAAACCUUAUCAACAGGGCAUCUUGCAUCAUCAUUUUUACGGCAGAUGCAAACCGAAAUCUCUAUCAGGCCGGAUUUACCAAACAUGUUGACAUGAUGUGCUCUAUGCUUCGUAGCAGAGGGCAAAAGAAACAGCUCAUUGUCGUUGCCGUGAGCUCUCCAUACGACUUCGCCAUGGAUAAAUCCAUAGGUACUUACAUUUGCACAUACGACUUUACGGAGAAUGCCAUGGCUGCCCUCGUCCGAGCCCUGGUCGGAGACAGCAACCCGGUUGGCACCAUGCCGGGAACCCUUCGAAAGAGCAAGAAAGUUCUCAAGUCUCGACAGCAUUGGCUGGUGGAAGAGUUUGAUAGCAAUCGGGAUCGAAAAGGCCUGAACGACCUUAUCCGGGCGGUGCACAGGGCUAGCGACCAGGAUUUCCGGUAUCUGCAGACCACUACCUCAGAUACCUUUGUCCUUGACAACCCGAACAUAAUAGAGACCCAUUUCGUGGUGCGAAACAGUAGCACACAGGCCCUUUACGGCUUCGUUGCUACAUAUUUCAUCCAAAAUGUCGGCAUCCUUGGAGCCCUCAUUGUGGACCCAACCAAACGGAAUCUGUCGAUUGGACGAUCUCUUCAUCGCCGAGCACUGAGGAGCUUAACGCAGCAGAGAGGCAUCAAGAAAGUACAGCUAGGAUCAAGCUUUCCUGCUCUAUUCCUCGGAAUCCCUCUCGAUAUCGAAGUGACGACGACAAAGGAAUGGUUCAGCAACAGUGGGUGGGACACUCAGUUCCCACGAAGACUCACAAACAUGGUUAUUCAAGAUUUGAGUGCGUGGUAUGCUCCCGAGGGACUUUCGCAAAGCAUCCAGCGAGCCAACAUUAGCUUUGACCUGAUCUACGGCGUUGAAAGUGGAGACACGGUGAUGCAUCAUGUACGAACCCACGCAAACCCGGAAGUUCUCGAGCUCUACCGAACCGCGUUGGAAGAGAGCAAGGCAUGUGGCAUUGUGCGAGCUAAAGAUGCAGGAGGAAAUCUGCUGGGAACCAUCAUCAUUUGCAGGCCAAAUAGCCCCCUCGCCAGAUAUGUCCCCCCGUUGGUGUCUCUCGGUCAAGACAUUGGCGGUCUCUUGGCCCCAAUUGUUCCUCCGGCUCCUCUUUCGACUUUGGUGCUGCAGGGCCUUGCUUUGAUGGGCCUUCGACAGAACAAGGGCCACAAAGCAACCAAGUCGGUUUUAAGCUGGGUUGUCGAUGAUGCUUUUGAGCCCCUGGUAGCCAUGGGAUUCGAUAUCUUGCAAACAUUCGAGGAGAUAACGAAUUCCCCUGAAAUGUAA